AUGUCAUCCACGUCAGAAAAUAUCGCAGCUGCUCAGACAUCGAGCCAGACGCAGGCCCAAGGCGAGGCUCAGGCGCUAGGCGGUCAACAGCAGGAGAUGACGGAGACUGAAUUGGCCGAGUUGCAGACUGGCACCGCCCCUAUCCCACGCACCAUGGACACAUCGCCCUCGCAGCUAGACCCACGAUUCGACCCGGAUGACCUUCGCCAAGGUAAAGCCCCUCCCGCAGCCCGCAAAGGCGGAGUCCUGGGCACGGUGAACCAGCAUCGUCCUCACCUGCGCAAGAACGUGAAGAAGGUCAAGAAGCUUGUUCCUAAGCGCAGCCUGGUGCCCGGCUUCAAGGGGAGCACUAAGAGGGAAGGAAACGAGGAAAUGGUCGAGGUCGAGGAGGACGUCGAGGAGUCGCCAUCUCCGGGCGAGGAGGAGGGUCACGCAGUCGGAGAGGAAGGGGAAGGAGAGGCAGAGAAGAAGCAUGGUUUGAUGGGCAAAAUCUUCCAUCAUAAGAGCUGA